AUGGCACACCUUGAGUGUGACUCCUCGAUUUCUCGGGCGGAAACAGGCUUUGGAGGUGGUGAUCUGUACACAGAGCUAUGGAAGUUAUGUGCAGGACCUCUGGUGGAUGUGCCAAGGCCUGGGGAGAGGGUGUUCUACUUCCCUCAGGGUCAUAUGGAACAAUUGGAAGCAUCAACAAAUCAGGAACUAAAUCUGCAAAUCCCUCUCUUUAAUCUUCCUUCUAAGAUCCUUUGUCGUGUGGUUCAUAUUCAUUUACUGGCAGAACAAGAGACAGAUGAGGUUUAUGCUCAGAUCACUUUGCACCCAGAAGCAGAUCAAAGUGAGCCUACCAGUCCUGAUCCAUGCAUCCCUGAACCUUCAAAGCCAACAGUUCACAGCUUUUGCAAGAUUUUGACCGCUUCAGAUACAAGCACCCAUGGAGGGUUCUCAGUUCUUCGAAAGCAUGCCACUGAGUGCUUACCUCCAUUGGACAUGAUCCAAGCAACUCCUACUCAGGAGUUGAACGCCAAAGAUCUUCAUGGGUAUGAGUGGAAAUUUAAGCAUAUAUUUAGAGGUCAACCCCGGAGGCAUUUACUUACAACAGGAUGGAGUACAUUCGUCACUUCAAAAAGAUUGGUUGCUGGUGAUGCCUUUGUGUUUUUGAGGGGUGAUAAUGGGGAGUUACGGGUUGGGGUUCGGCGUCUAGCUCGUCAACAAAGUCACAUGCCUUCAUCUGUGAUAUCAAGCCAGAGCAUGCAUCUUGGAGUGCUUGCAACUGCUUCUCAUGCUCUUAUGACACGAACCCUCUUUGUCGUGUACUACAAGCCCAGGACAAGCCAAUUCAUUAUUGGCUUAAACAAAUAUCUGGAGGCCAUUAACAAUAAGUUUUCGGUUGGGAUGCGCUUCAAGAUGAGAUUUGAAGGAGAAGAGUCUCCUGAAAGAAGGUUCACAGGCACUAUAGUUGGUGUUGGGGAUUUAUCAUCUCAGUGGUCUGAAUCUAAAUGGCGUUCAUUGAAGAUUCAAUGGGAUGAACAUGCUGCAGUUCAAAGGCCAGAGAGGGUUUCCUCUUGGGAGAUAGAGCCUUUUGUAGCUUCUGCUCCUAUACAUCUUGCUCAACCAGUAGUAAAGAGCAAAAGACCUCGACCUGUAGAAAUUUCUUCAUCUGAAAUUACCACCAAUUCACCUGCUUCUGCUUUCUGGUAUCAUGGCUCAACCCAGACCGUGGAGUUAAACCAAUUAGGUGGUGUUCCUGAAGUCCAAAGCUCUGGUAGUCAGGUUGUCUGGCCUCUAAGGCAGAAAGAAAGCAAUAGCAGCAGUUACUCUAGCUCGAGGGUCUACUCAGAGGGCAUCUGGCCUUCUUCUCCACACGUGAAUGUCUCCUUAAGCCUUUUUCCAGACUCGAAGGAGGGCAACAAAAAUGUAACUACGGGUUCUGUUCUCUCUAGCGUUGCUUCCCCAGUUUCAUCAAAGGCAUCAUCAAAGCCAAGUAAUACCCCGAUACCUGGCCAGGUGGGAAAAGAGAAAAAAUCUGACAGUUCAGAUUUAUGGUUGUUUGGAUAUAACUUGACAAACAACUCUAAAACUGCCUCUCCCCCAGAGAGCGAGCCAGUGUGUAAAGCAAUGUCGUGUGGUGGUAAAGGAUCUAUUACAGCUGCUGCAUUUGAAGUUGAUCAGGAUCUGGAUGUCUCAAAGCUCUCAAAGGAGCAGAAACAAGUAAUCUCAGAGGCAUCACCAGGAGAGACACAGGGCAAGCAAGGAUUGACUCUCUCAACAAGAACUCGUACUAAGGUGCAAAUGCAAGGGGUUGCUGUUGGUCGUGCUGUGGACUUGACUUCAUUGAAAGGCUACGAUAAUCUAAUUGAUGAGCUAGAGAAAAUGUUUGAGAUCAAAGGAGAGCUUCGUCCACAGAACAAAUGGGCAGUUGUUUUUACCGAUGAUGAAAAUGACAUGAUGCUUAUGGGCGAUGAUCAGUGGCUGGACUUCUGUAAGUUGGUGAAGAAGAUAUUUAUAUAUUCAAGCGACGAAGUACAGAAGAUGAAUAGAUGUAAGCUUCAGAAUUCAUCUUUAGAUUGUGAAGGGACGGUUAGCUUGGAUUCCGAGCAUAGAUGUGAAACAUGA